AUGAGCAAUGUCAAGCAGAGCAAACCGCCUCUUUCCUUCUUGGCUUCUGAGCAUCCCAGCAAGGCAGCGCCUCUCAUGAGGCACAUCCGUCAGAUACAGUUAGCUCAAGGCCCCCCUGCAAUCAUCACAGGAAAGAUUCACGCCUUGUCAUUGGCCCGCACACCUUCUAGGCUGGAAACGGGCAUCCGAAGCCUCUCUGGUCUGGCACAGAAGUCGCAUGCAAGGACGUACCUUAGGCUCAAUGUGACACCUCAUGGCUCAAGGAGGUUGUCUGCCAUGGACUGCUACCUUGGCGUAAGACUCGGAGACAACCGACAACAGCUGGCCCUUUCCAACUUUGGUGAGAGACAUUCGAUAUACGCCAUCGGAAAGAGCAGCGGUAAAACGAUAUUGUUUGGACUCACCUUUCAAUUGGCAAUGUUCUUAAUCUACCAGCAUCAAGAUAUCCGGAUGCAGAAGCUGAAGCAAUGGACGUGGCUGUGCCUCAGUAUGACGCCUCACCACGCUUGGCAGAAACCACACAAACGGAACUUCGAUGACGACAUGUCGCGAACGGAUGCAAUAAAGAUGCAAUUUCACGGGUCUUCACCCCUCAUAGUAUGGAGAGCCAUAUGCUUCAGAGGAUAUACCCAAAUUGAAUUUCCCUUCCCACCUUCACUCUUCAUCAUGCACUUUGUAGUCAAGCGCAGACAGAAUAGUGAGGUAAUUUUGGAGUUUCAUCCACCAACCGUGGCUCAACACUCGAGGAACCUCGGAUUCGUACACCAAGUAGGAGCCGCCGGAGUCAUCCCGCAAGGCUCCUGCGUCGACUGCACUAACCCCCACCUCGAAUGCGGGGAAACUUGGAGCCUUACCAUGCACAGAUUUUGCGGGGAGCAAAUGGGCAGGUCUCGAAUGAGGUCAGCGAUCUCUUCUAUCGCUUUCAUGUCGGUAGAAGAUUCCUCGCCAUGCUCCCCGCGUGCCAACUCCACCACACGGCCACGCAAGAUUUGGACCCCUGAAGAAGAUGUGACAUUGAAGACGCUCGUUGCUCGCUACGGAGACGCACGAGGUCCCCAGGGGCAUUGGAAAGAUAUUGCCGCUGCACUCCAAGACCGCACUGCCAAGGACUGUCGGAAGCGAUGGUUUCAUUCUCUUGAUCCGUCCAUCAAAAAGGGUCGGUGGACAGCAGAAGAAGAUCAGAUCCUCUUGUCGGCUUAUGCUCGAAUGGGCCCUGCAUGGCACGACAUCGCCCUCCUGAUACCUGGGAGGAAGGAUGACCAAUGUUCGAAAAGAUACAUGGAUAUCUUGAGUCCAAAAGUCAAAGACCGCCUUAGUGGAUGGUCGCCACAAGAAGACGAAGUUCUACGAGAAGGUGUUCGAACGCUGGGUCACCGGUGGUCUGCUUUAUCGGCAAAGCUGCCAGGCCGGCCACCUCUCACCUGUCGUAACAGAUGGCGAGCACUUUCAAAAACAUCCAAAAGGCCUCUGACUACAGGAACACCCUCCCCACGGUCGCCUGCCACGAGGAAGCGUGGCGAUGCCACGGCAUUUGAUGCACCCGAACCCUCCUUAAACUCGCUCCUAGUAGCAACUGAAGCUGAUGCCGACAUCAGAAACGUCAUCGAUAUCAAUGGUAUAGUCGCAUCUAUGGUGGAAAUGAGCACCGGGCUAGAUACGGACGACUUUCGCUUCGUCGGCGAUGCAGUGUCUUACAAUUCAAUCCUACACCAGUCCCAACUCAGCUCAAAUCUUCCGCCAAGCUUGGAUCUUGGCCACCUAUCCGAGCCGCUGCACCAGUCUCUGAGGGAACCCGCCUCAAACAGUCACAACAGCACUCCUAAAGAAUGGAAAUCGAACAAAUUUGAUACAGAAAUACCGCAAACAAAUCAGUCUUCUACAGUGCGCAACUUAGAGACAUCGUUCUCGGUUCCAGAUAUCACUUUGGAGACCCCAGCUCUCUUACCAGAUCCAAUCUGCUCAAGGAUAUCCCCAUCUCAGUACCUCUACGCCUUCUCUGAUGGCAACCUGCCAAGUCAGCCGACGGGUCCUUCUAUAGAUGUAGGACCACCACAACAAGUUGUACACCACCACCAUCAUUAUCACCACCAUCACCAUCAUCAUCACCAUCAUUAUCAUGACACGGAAGAGAACUUGAAUGAUUCUUUGAGGCAGUUAGAGAUAGAAGCAGAGACAAAAUCCUUUCAGUCUUAA